GAUUUGAACAUGGAAUUCAACCCAUCAGAUCAUCCACGGGCCAGUACGAUAUUUCUCAGUAAAUCGCAAACAGAUGUGAGAGAAAAACGCAAGAGUCUCUAUAUAAACCACCAUCCUCCUGGGCAGCUGAGAAGGAAGUACAGUUCCUGCUCCACGAUUUUCCUGGAUGACAGCACAGUCAGUCAACCAAACCUCAAGUAUACCAUCAAAUGUGUAGCUCUUGCAAUAUAUUACCACAUCAAAAACAGGGACACAGACGGAAGAAUGCUCUUAGAUAUUUUUGAUGAAAACCUUCAUCCCCUUUCGAAAUCCGAAGUGCCACCAGACUAUGACAAACACGACCCGGAGCAGAAACAGAUUUACCGCUUUGUUCGGACGUUGUUCAGUGCUGCUCAGCUGACCGCUGAAUGUGCCAUUGUCACCCUGGUGUAUCUUGAAAGACUUUUAACUUAUGCAGAGAUAGAUAUUUGUCCAGCAAACUGGAAGCGAAUUGUACUGGGUGCAAUUCUACUGGCAUCCAAGGUUUGGGACGACCAGGCAGUGUGGAACGUGGAUUACUGCCAGAUUCUGAAAGAUAUCACAGUCGAAGACAUGAAUGAGCUGGAACGCCAGUUUCUUGAGCUGUUGCAGUUCAAUAUUAAUGUUCCCUCCAGUGUUUAUGCCAAGUAUUACUUUGAUUUGCGUUCCCUGGCAGAAGCAAAUAACCUGAGUUUUCCUUUGGAGCCCCUCAGCAGGGACAGGGCAUACAAACUUGAGGCCAUUUCCCGCUUGUGUGAAGACAAAUACAAGGACUUCAGGAAAGCCGCAAAGAAACGGUCAGUCAGUGCUGACAAUCUGACUGUGGUUAGAUGGUCCCCCGCUAUUAUCUCCUAACAAGAGGAGACUGGAAUAUUCCUAUGGACAUACUGUUUCAUCCAUCCAUUUUUUUUGGUGUGGGCUGGGGG